AGCGGAUGGAAAUCAGUUGGAAUUCCGCGGUACAAUUCAACAUGGCCGAAGUUUAACAAGUCCCUUUUUAGAAUAUUGAACAAUAGUUAACUACUAAAAUGCGUUGGAGUUAAUGAGUUUGCUGCCUCAACUCCGUUAAUCCUUUUCCGGGUUGCUCACAACUUUAUGAGAAAGGCUAAUUUUUGCAGCAUGCGCAAAAAAGUUAUCAACAAAGAAAGUUGUGUCCUUGUUCAAAAACAUGGCCAUUGUAAAGAUUAAAUUUUGAAAUCGUGGAAAGUUAUAAGAAUGGAGGAUAAAACUUUGGGACCCAAGAGAAACGAUGCAAAAAAGCGUUUUUCUAAGGAAAUCUUAACUCGUACUCUUCAGGAAGGUGAUAAAAGCAUGUCAAGGUCUAGGCAUAGCAGGCAACGACUAAAAGCAUCAAUGGGAUGGCAAAGAUGGCCAAAAAAAUCCAAGUAUAGAAAGUUAAAGAAAUUGAAAGAUUUCACCUCUCGCAGCAGUCAUGAUUGUGAAUCUGAGAAUGACCUCGAAAUUUUGGAUGCCUUCCCGAAGGAAUCACACGUAUUGUUUAAUGGCUUAGUUCUGUGGCUGGAAAUGGCCGAGAGGCGUUUAGACUUGAUGGAAACUAACAUAGAUGAUGUGGACCUUACGGAAGAUAAUGAAGACACUCGAGUUAGAAAGAGGAAUUUUCAAGUUUUCAAAGAGGAAACACGACUUCAAGAGUUGAAAGUCACAAUCAUCAAAAAAACUUGCGACACUGCGAUCGGCUUACCUGGUAAGGAUUACCGCAUCGCCAUUCGUAAGUGGGAGGUUAUAAAACAAAGAGUGACGAUACAAGAGAAAAAAUUGACUUUGAUGAGUCAAGAUGGAGAUUUGUCCAAGAUCUUCUGUUACCUCAACCGAGCCGAGGCGCUGUUGGAAACUUGUCGUAAUAUGUCGGUAAACGACGGAAUCGUUUGAUGAAAUACGGAGUACAAAAUCUUAAGGAGUUCUUCAGCAGUCUCGAAGAAAAAGGUCGGAUUAUAGAAGAUCUAUGCAAACAGGAAAACAAUGGGGGUAUUGAUGUUGAUCAGGGUACACCAUGGGAUCUCAGAGAAAGAUUUGAAGCCAUCAAAGAAGACUACCAAAAUGUUGAAGACAGACUCAGCAUCGAGUUUUACAAAACCAAGAUACAUCGAUGCCUCGAGUUGUGCAAGGAACAUUUACUAAAUGAACAUAUCAAAUUUUCUUCAAAAUCCUCGGCCGAGGAUGCCUUUAACGAUCAUCUGGAUUUUUUUCACGAGCGAAGGUACAUUCGUAAAUUGAGCAGUUAUUGUCAGAAACUGAAAUGUGCUGUUGAAAAAUCUCGUGUCCGCAUGAGCGACGAGGAAAGAAAGGAUGCGAACUCGCUCCUGAAGGAGAUUUCGUCACAUUUCGAGGAAGUAUUGAGACGUAUGAAAAUAGAUGGCGAUGUGUUGGAGAAGGUUUGUCGAUAUUGGGAAGAGUUUGAUAGAGUAAUGGAAAGUACGUUGCCAUGGCUUGUAAAGGCAGAAACACUUCUUAAAGAUGGGGAAAAAGAAAGUGCGAGCGAUAUUUCGCGGACUUCGAAGACGCUCAGCAAGAUGUUGCGAUAGCCAAUGAUGCCACCAAGCAACUCAUACGUCAUACAUGUAGAACAGCAAGCACACAGUUAGAGCAACAAUUUGCAAUGUUAGAUCGACGGUUACGUAGAGUUAGUCGGCGUUAUACGCGUCUCGUCAAGAGCAAACACAGGGAUCCCAGGCUGGAGGACUACGAAUGUUGCGUGGAUGAUAUGACGGACUGGUUAGACCAAUCAGAAUGCAGCGUGAAAGAGGAAUUUUUUUAGUGAUCUUGGUGGAGUGCGAAAUGAAGUCUUGAGA